UUAGGGGACCGAAAGAAAAGGAGAAUAAAACGCGUAGAAGAAACGCUGAGAACCUUGAGACCUGAGUGUGUUGCAGGCUGUGGGAGGCCCUUAGGAAACGGCCAAAACAGGCUUGUGAAAAAGAGUUCUGCCCUGUUUGGGGAGAAUUAGGUAGGCUUAUUUGAAUGUUGUUUCGAUUGAUGAGUUCAUCGAUCUCAUUUUAAAUGGAGAAAAGGUGAAGAAGUUCCUACAAGAGUUUUACCAGGAUGAUGAAUUUGGCAAGAAGCAGUUCAAGUAUGGGAACCAGUUGGUUCGAUUGGCUCAUCGGGAGCAAGUGGCAGUGUACAUAGACCUAGAUGAUGUAGCUGAGGAUGACCCUGAGCUGGUGGAUUCAAUUUGUGAGAACACCAAGCGCUAUGCCAAGCUCUUCGCUGAUGCUAUACAAGAGCUGCUGCCUCAGUACAAGGAGAGGGAGGUGGUAAAUAAAGAUGUUCUGGACGUUUACAUUGAGCACCGGUUGAUGAUGGAGCAGCGGAGCCGGGACCCUGGGGCAGCCCGGAGCCCCCAGAACCAGUAUCCUCCUGAACUCAUGCGCAGAUUGUGAGUGGUCUCGGUUGGGAAGGUUGUGGGGUUUGAUCCCCAGAGCCUUGCUAAUGACAGUUUUUUCCCUUAGUGAGCUGUAUUUUCAAGGUCCCAGUAGUAACAAGCCUCGCGUGAUCCGGGAAGUACGGGCUGACUCUGUGGGGAAAUUGGUAACAGUGCGUGGAAUUGUCACUCGUGUCUCUGAAGUCAAACCCAGGAUGGUGGUGGCCACUUACACAUGUGACCAGUGUGGGGCAGAGACCUAUCAGCCGAUCCAGUCUCCCACUUUCAUGCCUCUGAUCAUGUGCCCGAGCCAGGAGUGCCAGACCAACCGCUCAGGAGGGCGGCUAUACCUACAGACACGUGGCUCCAAGUUCAUCAAAUUCCAGGAGAUGAAGAUGCAAGAACAUAGCGACCAAGUGCCCGUGGGAAAUAUCCCUCGCAGCAUCACGGUGCUGGUAGAAGGAGAGAACACAAGGAUUGCCCAGCCCGGGGACCAUGUCAGUGUCACCGGUAUCUUCUUGCCAGUCCUGCGCGCUGGGUUCCGACAGAUGGUCCAGGGUUUACUCUCGGAAACUUACCUGGAAGCCCAUCGGAUUGUGAAGCUGAGUAAGAGUGAGGAUGAUGAGUCUGCGGCAGGAGAGCUGAGCAGGGAGGAGCUGAGGCAAGUUGCAGAGGAGGAUUUCUAUGAAAAGUUGGCAGCCUCCAUCGCCCCAGAGAUCUAUGGGCAUGAAGAUGUGAAGAAGGCGCUGCUGCUCCUGCUGGUGGGAGGGGUGGACCAGUCUCCUCGAGGCAUGAAGAUCAGGGGCAACAUCAACAUCUGCCUGAUGGGGGAUCCUGGUGUGGCCAAGUCUCAGCUCCUGUCUUACAUUGACCGCCUGGCCCCCCGCAGCCAGUACACAACAGGCCGCGGCUCCUCCGGAGUGGGGCUCACAGCAGCUGUGCUGAGAGACUCCAUGAGUGGAGAGCUGACCUUGGAGGGUGGCGCCCUCGUGCUGGCUGACCAGGGUGUGUGCUGCAUUGAUGAAUUUGACAAGAUGGCGGAGGCUGACCGCACGGCCAUCCACGAGGUCAUGGAGCAGCAAACCAUCUCCAUUGCCAAGGCAGGCAUUCUCACAACGCUCAAUGCCCGCUGCUCCAUCCUGGCUGCCGCCAACCCUGCCUAUGGGCGCUACAACCCUCGCCGCAGCCUGGAGCAGAACAUACAGCUUCCUGCUGCGCUGCUCUCCCGAUUUGACCUUCUCUGGCUGAUCCAGGACCGGCCCGACCGAGACAACGACCUGAGGUUGGCCCAGCACAUCACCUAUGUGCACCAGCACAGCCGGCAGCCCCCCGCCCAGUUUGAACCUUUGGACAUGAAGCUUAUGAGACGUUACAUCGCUAUGUGCCAGGAGAAGCAGCCCACGGUGCCAGAGUCUCUGGCCGACUACAUCACAGCAGCGUAUGUGGAGAUGAGGCGAGAGGCCUGGGCCAGUAAGGACGCCACCUACACUUCCGCCCGGACUCUGCUGGCUAUCCUGCGACUGUCCACUGCUCUGGCACGUCUGCGAAUGGUGGACACAGUGGAGAAGGAGGAUGUGAAUGAAGCCAUACGGCUAAUGGAGAUGUCCAAGGACUCCCUUCUGGGUGACAAGGGGCAAGCAGCCAGGACCCAGAGACCAGCGGAUGUGAUAUUUGCCACUGUCCGUGAGUUGGCCUCGGAGGGCCGCAGUGUCCGGUAUUCCGAGGCAGAGCAGCGCUGCGUGUCUCGCGGCUUCACACCUGCUCAGUUCCAGGCGGCCCUAGACGAGUACGAGGAGCUGAACGUCUGGCAGGUCAAUGCCGCCCGGACACGGGUCACUUUUGUGUGAUUCCAGUCACUUGAGACACUGGUAUCUACUCUGCAUAUGGUCCUAAUCCCCCUUACUUUAAAGACCUAGAGAUGCCCUUGAGGGGAAAGGAGGGUCCCUUCUUUUUCCCAAGCUGCACUUGUUUUACUCAUUCAUUUUGCUAAUAAAGUGUGUGUAGAUUUGCUGCCUUCUGUUAAAACAG